AUGGCCACAAAGGCUGCAAUUGGAGAGGAACCUGAAAUUGAAAAAAAAGUGUGUAUUACGCCUGUUGCUAAUUCUAUACAACUACCUUAAAAAAUUGAUAUUAGCGUGAUUGAUCACGAAACCCCGAAAAAGAAUUUCAAAUAAAAAACCUUAUAAAUCUUAUUAAUGUGGUUGUUUUGCAAGAAUCAAGUUAAUCCAUUAUGGCUAACUGUGACUAAUAAACAUUUAAUUAGAUGUUGCGUAGUGAUGAAUUUAAACUUUGCAUUAGAUUUAUCAUCAUCUCAAUACUUAUCAUCUUUUAGCCAAAAAGACAAGAUUGUGUAAUUUAAGCAAAUGGAUUAAGGGAAUGUGAACUUUUGGCAAUCAGUAUUUUAUACUAAGUAUCACGAAGACCAAGCAUCUCAAACAUAAAAUUAACAAUAAAUGAAUCAUCAGGAUAUUCUAUAAGAACACUUAAUUUACAAUCAAUAUAGGAAUUUAAUUUUAAACAAGGAAUAGCUUAAAAUGAACCUAUACCCAAUUGAUGAAAAAAUAUAUCACGAUUAUGUGAGAUUGGAUGGGAAAAAAGGGUAGAAGAAUAGGAUGAAUAUAUUUGCAAUUGAUUGUGAAAUGGUGUAGACUGAAAAUCGAUUAGAGCUUGCCAGAGUGUCAAUAGUUGAUUACAAUUACAGGGUUGUACUUGAUAUAUUAGUCAAACCAUAAACAAUAAUCUUAGAUUACAACACUAAAUAUAGCGGUAUAACUGAGGAAAUGUUGAGUAAUGUUACUAUUACAUUGGCAGAAGCACAAAAGAUGGUGAAAUCUAUUUUAGAUGAAGAAUCUAUUUUGAUAGGUCAUUCCCUAGAGAAUGAUUUGAAUGCUUUGCAGAUGAUACAUCAUAAAUGUGUGGAUACAAGUGUCCUUUACAUGACAGAAAGUAACAGAAAGUAAUCAUUAAAAAACUUAGCUCAUAAAUAUUUAAAUUUAAGUAUUUAAAAAGAUACUCAUGACUCAAAUGAGGAUGCCAAAAUUGCAUUGUCUUUGGCCAAGUUGCGAAUUGAAAUUUUGAAUCAUUUUUCUAGUGCUUCAUUCCCUCAAUAAUAAACUGCGACUCCUGAUGUCCUGAUCUAACUUAGGAAAUUUGGAGGCAUACAUCUGGUGGAUUCUAGAUAAGAGGUAGAACUCUUAUUAAAAUACGAUGUUGGAUUUGAAGAUGGAGAAUAGAUCAAUGAUGAAAAAAAGAUGAAAAGAAUGAUAGAAUUGCUUAAGUAAAGGAGUGCCAAUGCAGUCAACCCUAAAUUAAUAUUUGCAUAGAUACAGAACAAAUUUCAAGAGUUUGAAUCACUAUUUUUGACCAUGUAUAAUUUAGCCCCAUCUUAAACAAUGUUUAUACUGUCUAUAGGAGGAGAGUAGUAAUAAAUUCUGUUAAUUACUAAAUGA